AUGCUCCUGGAGGGGCCAGGAGCCCUGCGUGGGUCGAGGAAGCUGGCCAAACACUGUGCUUAUGCUCCACAAGUGCACGCUCUGCUGAAGGUGGAAGACCAGACUCCACUCAGUGCAGCAGCUAAUCAUGUUCUCUUGCUGUUUGCUUUUGCCAGGUGCAAGUUCUUCAGCCUCACGGAAACCCCAGAGGACUACACCAUCAUUGUGGAUGAAGAGGGCUUCCUAGAGCUCCCUUCCUCGGAACACUUGAGUGUGGCUGAUGCAACAUGGCUUGCCCUCAAUGUGGUGUCUGGUGGAGGUGGCUUCUCCGGCUCCCAGCCCAUCGGAGUGACCAAAAUUGCAAAAUCAGUAAUAGCACCACUAGCUGACCAAAACAUCUCAGUGUUCAUGCUUUCCACCUAUCAGACGGACUUCAUCCUGGUACGUGAGCGAGACCUGCCCUUUGUGAUGCACACGCUGGCUGCUGAGUUCACCAUCCUCAGAGUAGUGAAUGGGGAGACAGUGGCUGCCGAUGACCUUGGGAUAACGAAUGGAUUUGUCAAACCAAAACUAGUUCAGAGGCCUGUCAUUCAUCCCCUUUCCAGUCCGAGUAAUAUGUUCUGCGUCACCAGCCUGGAUCCAGAUACCCUUCCCACUGUUGCUACACUCCUAAUGGAUGUCAUGUUUUACUCCAAUGGAGUAAAAGACUCGGUGGUGGGCAACGAAGACUCGGGACAUAUUCGCUUUUUCUCCUUUUCUCUCAUUGAGGGUUACAUCUCCUUGGUCAUGGAUGUCCAGACACAGCAGAGAUUUCCUAAUAAUUUGUUGUUUACAAGUGCAUCUGGCGAACUCUGGAAGAUGGUGCGGAUUGGUGGGCAGCCUCUUGGCUUCGAUGAAUGUGGAAUUGUUGCUCAGAUUUCUGAGCCUUUGGCCGCAGCUGACAUCCCAGCCUACUACAUCAGUACUUUUAAGUUUGAUCACGCAUUGGUACCUGAAGAAAAUAUAAAUGGUGUGGUCAAUGCACUCCAAGUCAGUCAAGCUGAAAAGCAUUAGAAAUCUUCUGAGCUGGUUCCAGAUGCUUUUUAUUAUUAUAAUUAUUAUUAUUAUUAUUAUAAUUAUUAUUAUUAUUAUUAUUCUUUUUUUCUCACAGUAUUUCUUGAAAAAUCUGAUUCCAGAGAGUGACAUGAAAAGAGACUGUGGAAAGUUGAGCAAAAACAGCUCCAAUAAGCCUUUGUUUUAAUUAUAAUUAUUAUUGUUAUUUUAUUAAAUUUAUGAAUGAGGGGCAGGAGGAAGGAGAGUUCAGACAGUUUCCUGAUGUUCAGCUCCAAGGCGAAGUGUAACCUGCCCAUGUUUUCGUGUGGAAGGAGCUGCCGGGGACACCCACCUCUCCCCGACGCACGGCGGGACGGCCGCACGCACGGGCGCUCUGCCCGCAGCUGCGCGGCACGGCUGGGCUGGGUGGGCCGCUGGCUCAGAGAGAGCCCUGAAAACCAUAAACAAAAUGAAAUGUGGAAUUAAAACAGAAAAGACGUCACGUAGUACUGGCUUGUCUCCUCGCAUCAGACUUUCUGAGGACUGUCUGUCAUUGCCUGUGUUAAGACAGGAUGGGAAUUGGCUUCUGUUUCCCCUGACAAAACUGUUUGGUGUUGGAAAAGAGGAAAAUACCCAGUUGCUUGAAUUUUUCCCUUUUCCCUUUCUCCCUGCAGUCAAAGCCUGACUGCUCUGAGGAAGCCUGGGCAAGGGGCGCGUUGCUCUGGCCCACCUCCCGGGAGGUGGUGUCACCAAGACUUCUGUCUGCAUUGAAACUUGGCCAUUUUAGCUCAGUUUUCUCAUCACCCUCCACUGCCCCCUGUGUCCUCCUGCUGCGUCCCCUGCUCCAGGGUGACUGCUGUCCCCUUGCCCGCACAUCAGAGCCAUCCCCAAGCCCUUGUCCCCCAGGGUCAGCAAGAGAUAAGAGGCAUCUUUUCUCCUGUCUUCCUCAGGCUUUUUUUCAUCCACUUUGUACACAACAUUCAUGGGGACACAAAGGAUUGUCCAGAGUCCUUGGGUAGCUGCUGCUCUGCCAAGAGCCACAGCAGGUUGUUCCCACCAGGGCCAGGAGGAUGCCCAAGCCCUUCUGGGACCCUCCUGCAGUUUUUCAUCAGCUCCUUUAUCACCAGGGUGGAAAUCGCUGAUAGCUGGGGUCUUGACUCCCAGGGGUUUUCCACUGGGUUCAAUGGGCAGCAUUUUGAAAGCAGAAUGAUGCUGAAAAUGCAUAAAACCUGAGACGUGUCUUUCUGGUUCUGUCACGGGAAAGCGAUGUGGGCUUUUCCUGUGGGGCAGCAGGAGUGUGGUUGCUCCAGACUUGCACCAAAGCUGUGGGCCAGUGGGAGCCAGGCACUGGGGGCCGGUGCUGGCAGAGCGGGCACCACCCAAGACAUAGGUACCAGUGAUCUGCACCGUGCUGUGAGGGGUGGUGAAGAGGAGAAGCUGCCUGCAGAGGACUCUGCUUUUACAGUUAGGAGCCCAAGGAUCUCUUGCAUUUCUAAACUUCUUCCCAUUUCAUUUUUGAUAUGAAGAAGUUGCAGGUCUGGCAGUUUUAACGUGGGCUUUCCAGCUUUGCUUCCAAGACAAGCCGCUAGCAUGGUUUUCCUGAGGCUGUGUCUUUAUUAAAGAGCUUUGAGCCAGGGUUUUGCGUUAAUCUGGAGGCAGUAAGCAAGCACCUGAGAUCAUGCUAUGGGCAUGGUUUAUACUGGUGUGUAGGACAUGCAAACAGGUUCAUACUGGUGUGUGGGACAUGCAAACACAUACACUGGCUUAAGCUCACUGUUCUCCAUUCAAGGUGCUGGAGGGUUGAGCUUAACAUUUGUGAUUUCUGGUGCUGCUGGACCCAGAUACUGAGUUUCAGAUUUUCUGAUUUUUCAUAAGCAGGAUGUUGUGUGGCAGCUAGAGCAGGAAUCCAAGCAUCCGCAGGAAAAAGUGGGGGUAACAUUCCUUUGUAGGCCCCGAGUUAAAGCAUCCCUGCUGAGAAACACUUCAGCAUGUGUUUAGUACCUUACUGAAUAGUGUGUUCUGCUGUUCCUUCUUUUCACAGUUGCCCCAUGAUGUGUUACAGUCACUCCAGAUUUCUGGAGUAAAGGUUUAUUCCAGGUGUGGCACCGUGCGUCUCUGGAUGUUUGCUUGGAAAGAUGCUUUGGUCUCCUGCUGCAUGCUGUCAGGAUGCAAGUGCAGGCUGUGCGCUGCAAUAUUUGAAAGCACCCGGAGAAGUUUUCUGUGAGUCUGCACAGUGUCCUUGGCAGAAUGUGGCAGGGCAGGCGGUAGCUUUUCACCGUGUGAAUUAUUGAAUGGUUUCUCCUUGGGAUGGCACAUUGGGAUGUUUGUAGGACCAUGCAGGAUUUUUUUGGAGAGGAUACCAGCACAUUAGUUGGUGUGCAGCUACUGAGUUGCCAGCCAGGCUUUCUGCUUGGCUGAGUUGAGCCUGAGCUUUCCCUGUGCGCAUGGACAGUUUGACCAGGAUAGGGUCUUCGUUGUGCUCCUGGGUUUUGUCAACCAUUAAAAAAUGAUUUAUUUAGCUACUUUCCCCAUCCCCAUGUGCUAGUGCUGCUUUCUAAGGACCGCGACAUGUACGGUAAGGAAUUACUUGAAUCAAGCAACAACUUUACUGAGCCUUAAAAGAAAGCAAAAAAAUAGGUUUUAAUUUUUUUUUUUAAACUUUGCACUCAGGCUAUUUUACAGGCUGACUUUUUAAUUUAAAUUUUUCACUUUUUUUUCCGAGGAAGUUGGCCUUAAAUUCGUAAAAACUGCAGAAGUCUUUGGUGUGUUUCAGAACUUUACAAAAGCAGGUUGCUGUCCUGGCACGAGAAAGUUAACCUAAAAAAUUCACAAGGUGUAAAAUGCCAUCGAGGGAGACUCUGUCUCUUCUGUCAUCCUCGGUUUCACCUUUUUAUUUCCUCUCUCAUUUUGUCCUGAGAACCACGAAGAUUGUUUCAGACAACUUGGGGUAGUUUGAUGCUUUCAGCAUCCACACGUCGCUUUGCUAGUGGGAACUGAGAUACUCUAAAUUUAGCCAGAAUUGGUUAAACCUUGAACCAGAGCCCUGGGGAAGGGCAGUCCAGCAUGCAGUCAGGAUCAUCACAGACUUGCUGCACAGCAGUGUUGCUUGUGAGACCUUCACUGGAUAAGGCAGAAAGAGGUCUGUAGGGGCCUUGUUAAAAAAAAAAAAAAAAAAAA